CGGGGCGACGAGCGGCGCAAGCGCAGUGACGUAGGCCCGGGCUGUUGCUGUGGAAACCACUGAGCCCGCCCCCGGGCGGGCAGUCUGGAAGCCCCCUCGAGGUGCUCACGCCCUGCACCUCCGCUUCCAGGGAUUUGCGCUUUCGGGCCUCCUGCCGCGGAGUUCACCCCACAGUCACGUCGGCGGGGCCGUGGCCUUCGCCUCUUCCUGCACCGCCAAGCCCCGCCCGGCCCCAGUGCCGGGUUAAGCAGGGGCUCCUCGGUGCGCUGCAGUUUGGGGGGCAGGAAGCCCCUCGUGGUUUUAGACGCUGGCCUGCAGGAGAUGCACUUUGUGUACCUCUCUCGGGGUAAGGAAGUCAACCUUGUGCUAGUGGGGCUCAUGGAGGAAGAACGUCCCAGAAUGGUUAAAGGACCGUGCACCCACAGAGGGUCUCCAUUGGCGGAAUCCUUACACUUCCAGGUGCUGUGGGGGAUGCUUGCCAGGAUUACGGUAGUCAUUGGUCUUUGCGGAGAAAAAUAUGUUAGGAAGAGUAAAUAUGUUGUCUUUCUUCUUGAAUUGAAUCUGUAAGCAGGCCUAGAAAGCAUCCAAUAAAAAGACUCCAGUCCAGAUUGGAAAAUACCAGAAUAGGCAUAUUAUGAAGAAAUAUGGUGAUAAAUUUUGGGAGAAACACCUAAAAGAAUUGAAACUGGCUUACUAUGGGGAGACGAAGGGCAAGGAGAGUAGUUUCUUGUUAUAAGCCUCAGAAUUAUUUCACAUUUUAGACAAACUAUAAGUAUUACUUCCGUAAGAAUAAAAAUUAAAGAGUCUGUAGCAAAACAAAAAAAACCCUGCAUUAUUGAGUAUCUAUUGUAUGUAUAUACCAUUUGUGAGUACAGCCAUUUGCUUAAGUGUCUAGAGUUUAUAUUGUUUCUGCUAGAAAGUUUAUUAACAAACCAAAUCUUAGUGAGGGGAACUGGGAGUAGUAUUUGUUUAAAAAAAAAGGGGGGGGGGAGGGCAUAGAGGUAGGUGGAAUCAUUGCAUUAGAUCAGAGCCCAAACCAAAAAACCAAACCGAGUGCCGUUGAGUCGAUUCCAACUCAUAGUGACCCUAUAGGACAGAGUAGAGCUGCCCCAUAGACUUUCCAAGGAGUGCCUGGUGGAUUCGAACUGCCGACCCUUUGGUUAGCAGCCAUAGCAGUUAACCACUAUGCCACCAGCGUUUCUGAAAGAGAGCCCGGUAUUUUGAAAAAGCAAAUUUACUAAGUGAAAAUUCCCACGUCCUGUGGUACAUUUGAGGAGCCCUGGUGGUGCAGUGGAAACCCUGGUGGCAUAGUGGUUUUUUUUUUUUUUUUGGUUGGUGGUUCAGUAGUUAAGUGCUUGGCUGCUAACCGAAAACUCAGUGGUUUGAACCCACCAGCCCUCUGCUGGAGAAAGAUGUGGCAGUCUGCUUCCAUAAAGAUUUACAGCUUUGGAAAUCCUGUAAGGCAGUUCCAGUCUGUCCUGGAGGGUCGCUAUGAGUCAAAAUCCAUUUGGGGGCAACAGGUCAGGUUUAUGGUAAAUUUAUGGAUUCCCUGGGUGGUGCAGAUACUUAAUGCACUCUACUGCUAGCCAAAAGGUUAGAGGUUCGAGCCCACCCAGAGGCUCCUUGGAAGACGGGCCUGGCAAUCUGCUUCCAAAAGAUCGCAGCCUUGAAAACCCUAUGGAGGAGCACAGUUGUUCUCUUCACACUUGGUGUCACUGUGAGUCUGAAUCAACCUGAUGGCAACUGAGAACAACAACGUGCUCACUUGUGAACAAACCUACAUCCCUCAGUGAACCAGAAACUCGUCGGCAUCCAACAGACGGAGGAUAACCCAGGCCAAACUAAAGUUUCAGGGCAGCCCUAGAAGUGUUGAGGCUUCGUAGUCAGAGCAUGCAUCUCUACAGAUGGGUGAGAACCAGAACUGCAGGGAACAGAGUGGGGAGGGGCAGGGGGCCGUUUUAUCCAACGCCUAGUUGAGCUGAAAUUGAAUUUUUUUUCCCUUUAGCAGGAAGUCAUUAUGUGACUAACACAUUUUCAUCAGAUUUCCUCUGAUUUCGUCUGAAGUGUAUGUAGAAAUGAUGUGUACUGCCAAGAAAUGUGGAAUUAGAUUCAAGCCCCCAGCUAUUAUCUUAAUCUAUGAGGGUGAAGUCAAGGGAAAAAGUCGCCAGCGUAUUAUGCCAGUUCGAAACUUUUCAAAGUUUUCAGACUGCAGCAGAGCCGCUGAGCAACUAAAGAAUAAUCCACGGCACAAGAGUUACCUGGAACAAGUGUCUCUGAGGCAGCUAGAGAAGUUAUUCACUUUUUUACGAGGUUACUUGCAGGGGCAAAGUUUGGCGGAAAUGAUGGAACAAGUUCAACGGGAAAGAACCAUUGAUCCUGAGGAGGACCUGAACAAACUAGAUGACAAGGAACUUGCUAAAAGGAAGAGCGUCAUGGAUGAACUUUUUGAGAAAAAUCAGAAGAAGAAGGAUGAUCCGGACUUUGUUUAUGACGUUGAAGUCGAGUUCCCACAGGAUGAACAGCUGCAGUCCUGUGGCUGGGACACAGAGUCAGCCGACGAGUUCUGAGACGAAACGCUCCCAGAAUUUAUAGGGUUGGCAGAGACGCCGUGUGUUGACAGAGGACAUAGGUUGGUUUAGCAAAAUCUGUAAAGCAUACUAAAUGUAUAUGUUGGGUUGCCCAUGUUACUUUUCCAAAACCAGGACAUUUAGAGCAUCUACUGUGUAGGUAGGUGCCUAGGGAGACAGGAAAAACGGUAUAGGGAUAUGUCUUUAAAGAGCCUCCAUCUAAUGGGAAGGUAAGCCAAAAACUUGAGAAAAGCUAAUUAACAAUAUCAGGCAGCAAAAAGAUUAGAGCCAGGUGCCUGAUAAAGACAGUUAUGUGCCAAAGAGGGUCAGAGCCUAGAUCACUACUGGAUAGUCAGGGAAGACUUUGUCCUUUAGUGGGAGAGAUGGGACUUGGCCUGGCCCUUGAAAUGGUAGGAUUGUGUAGGAUUCCAGGUGAAAGAAACUGGAAGAGGGGGAGAGGGAUGAUGGUAAAGAAGCAGGACAUUGAAAGUUUUAUUUGUGGAACAGGAAGCAAAUUACAGUUGACAAGAUUGGAAGGCAUAUGUGGUUAUCAGGGAAUUAACCUGUGUGCAUCAUGUUUUUAUAAGUGUUUAACUUAUUUUAUGUGUAUUUACUCUGGAGUAGAGAGUGCUCCUGCAAAAUGCCCUGCUGCCGCAAGUCCAUGUCAUUUGAUGGGCAGCAGGGGACCUUCCCCAUGAGGUAUCAGGGAUUAUAUUCUAAAGAUAUUCUGAAACCCUGAACCUCUUCCCAUAAACAAGAGGCUUGUUUGUAAAAUGAGAAUUCCACCCGUGUUGUAUAUACAACCAGUACUGCCGGUUUAGACCUAUUCAUGAGUUGUUAAACCUUUACUUAACCAGGUUAUCUGUACACAGAUACAUCUUUCUUCUUACUAGAAUGUUAUUUAAUUGGUAGAAAUCUGAUGUUCUUUGCAAGUAAAUUAAUAUUCAGUAAAUGAAACUGUUAAAAUAAUUAUUCACUCUUUCUACCUGUCCAUCGCCAUUCUCUUUACCAUUAAAAGCCCUGUUAAAGGGACCAUUCCUAUAGUGAUGUCACUAGGACUUAAGGUGGUCACAUUUCAGGUAUAUAUUUGCCAAACGUAGCAAUUUUCAGAAUUAGAUCCUUCCAUAUCUACGUAGUACUCCAUUGUAUACAUGUAGACUAUUUUAAAAGUUGACUUUAGUUGUUUCUCCCUUUUACUAUUACAAGCAAUACUACAGCAGAUAUCUUUGUACAUUCUUUGUUUUGCACACAGGCAAGAGUAUCUAUAGGAUAAAUGCCUAGAGGGGAAUUACUGAAUCAGGGUGUGUGCAUUUUAAAUUAUAGUAGAUACUGCUUAGUUGUCCUCCAUGGAGAUAUAUUCAUUCAUUCAGAUCUGUAUUUAUUGAAUACUACAUGUUAAGCUGUACAGUUCUAGGGUCUAGGGACAUAGCAGACCAUGUUUACAGACUGGUUGAAGAGGAGAGACAAUAAACAUAAAUAUACGGAAUAGGGUCAGGUGAUAAGUGCUCUGAAGAAAAGGCAAGGUAAAAAAAAUAAUAAUAGAGGAGGUGGGAGCCACUGUUUUAGAUAGGGUGAUCAGAGAAGGCGUCACCGAGGAGGUGACAUUUGAAAAACAGCCUGAAGGAGGUGAAGGAAAUAUUGAUAUGCAUUUCAGGGGUGUUGGGGAAAGGCAAGUGAUAGGCUCUAGGGCUGGAGUGUGCUUGGUGUGUUUGAGGAAGAACAGGGAGGCCAGUGUGGCUCAUACAGAUUGAGCAAGGGAGAAGAUGGUAGGAGAUGAGGUUGGAGUGGAUUUUGCCAAUGCAAGUACUUAAACCUUGAAGGUUGUACCAACUUAAACUAUCAGCAAUACAUGAGAGUACCUGUUUUUCCCAUGUGUUCAUUAGCAGAGGGUGUUAUCAAAGGUGUUGAUCUUUGCCAAUCUUAUAGUUUAAAAAUGGUAUCUCAUAGUUUUGAUUUGCACUUCUUUUAUUAUGGGUGAAACUGAGUAGCCAGUCCUGUCAAGUUUCAUCUCUCAUAGUUUUCACUGUAAUAUGUGCUAAGUAAGCAUAUAGUGGCCAACAACAACAAAAGGGGUCAAUUUUAUGGUAUGUAUUGAGGUAUAUAAGUUGUUCCUCAAUAAAACUGUUUGAAGAAAUAGAAUAGGAUCGAUGUCUGCAGACCAUUUGUUCUAAGAAGGAGCGAGAGGGGCCAAAGAUAUGUGUAAACACCUCCUCGAACCCACACAGAGUUGGAGAUUGAAAAAGGUUGGAGGACAGAAUUAAUGCAUUUAUUCAAUAAACACUUUUCCAGUAUUUACUCCAUGGAAGCUCCCCAGAAGCUCUGGAAAGGAAUGGCUUUGAAGAAAGUGAAAGAACAGGAGAAGGCUGAUUAUGAUGCCGGGGCAGAUUGAGGUUUAUGAUUCCAGUAUUCUCCUUAAUGGAUGAGCGAGAGUAAUCUGAUUAGAGUGAGACUGGGGAGGAAAGAGGGAUUUAGGAUGAAAAGGAGAGGUGUGCAGAAGGAUCUUUGUGAAGGUGAGAUUGGGUGUGCUCAAGAUAGAUGGGAAAAGUAGAAUGUGAAAUCAAACAAAAAUCUAAAACUCCACGAAAGACACAAGGUAAUUAUGAGCCCAACAGACAGAAAGGGCCAUGUAAAUCAGAGACUACAUCAGCCUGAGACCAGAAGAACUAGAUGGUGCCCGGCUACAACCGAUGACUACCCUGACAGGGAACACAGCAGAGAAUCCCUAAUAGAGCAGGAGAACAGUGGAAUGCAGACCUCAAAUUCUUAUGAAAAGACCAGACAUAAUGGUCUAACUGAGACUAGAAGGACCCAAGAGGUCAUGGUUCCCAGACCUUUUGUUAGCCCAAGACUGAAACCAUUCCCAAAGCCGAAUAUUCAGACAAGUUGGACUGAACUAUAAGAUAGAAAAUGAUACCGGUGGGGAGUGAGCUGCUCGGCUCAAGUAAACACAGGAGACUAUGUGGGCAGCUCCUGUCUAGAGGGGAAAUGAGAAGGCAGAGGGAGACAGGAGCUGGCUGAAUGGACAUGGGAAUACAGGGUGGAGAGAAGGAGUGUGCUGUUUCGUUAGGGGGAGAGCAACUAGGAGUACGUGGAAUGGUGUGUAUAAAUUUUUAUAUGAGAGACUAACUUGAUUUGUAAACUUUGACUUAAAGCACUAUUAAAAAAAUAAAAUCACCUAUAUGAGACCAAA